GAUUCCAAGAAGCUCGCACGACUUGCAACAAUUUUUGGGAAAAUCUAAUUUUCCAGGAGAGGUUUUCCAAAAAAAUUAUCAAAAAUUUAUCCUUGAAGGAUACCGUACUAAGGUAAAUUAGUUAUUAGAGAAAAAAUCAUUUGCAAUAUUUGUAAAUAAAUUUACAAAAAAAAACACGAUGGAUGAGGCACAUUUGAAACGUGUCCCGGAAAACAUCAACUUCGCGGAAGAAGAGGAAAAAAUCCAAGAAUAUUGGAAAAAGGAAAAUGCCUUCGAGAACUGUUUAAAGCAGUCUAAAGGAAAGCCAAGAUACACGUUCUACGAUGGUCCGCCGUUCGCAACUGGCUUGCCGCAUUACGGGCACAUCUUGGCAGGCACAAUCAAAGAUAUCGUGACGCGUUAUGCGCAUCAACAGGGAUAUCACGUCGAACGACGAUUCGGUUGGGAUUGUCACGGAUUGCCGGUAGAGUACGAAAUUGACAAAACUUUGGGCAUCAAAGGACCCGAAGAUGUCGCAAAAAUGGGAAUUACCGCUUACAACAACGAAUGUCGCAAAAUUGUCAUGCGAUAUGCGAAAGAAUGGGAGGAAAUUAUCUCACGGAUGGGCAGAUGGAUUGACUUCAAAAACGAUUACAAGACAUUGUACCCAUCUUACAUGGAGUCAAUUUGGUGGGUUUUCAAACAACUUUACGUCAAAGGGCUCGUUUAUCAAGGCGUCAAAGUCAUGCCUUACUCUACGGCAUGCACAACGGCUCUCAGUAACUUUGAGUCAGGUCAAAAUUACAAAGAAGUCGUCGAUCCAGCGGUUGUUGUGAACUUUCCCAUUGUCGGAGACAAAGAAGGAGCUGCAAUUCUUGCAUGGACAACCACACCAUGGACUUUGCCGAGUAAUUUAGCUUGUUGUGUCAAUCCGGCACUCACUUAUGUACGCGUAAAGGAGAAAAGUAGCGGAAAAGUUUAUAUCGUCAUGGAGUCACGUAUCGAAUAUGUCUUCAAAAGUGCCGAUAAUGUUGAGGUUUUGAAGAAAUUCCCCGGAAAAGAACUCGUUGGCUUAAAAUACGAACCUCUUUUCAAUUACUUCGCCAAAUACAAGGAAACUGCUUUCCGUGUCCUCCAAGAUGGCUACGUAACGGAAGAUUCUGGUACUGGAGUUGUCCAUCAAGCUCCCUACUUCGGAGAGGACGAUUACCGUGUCUGUUUAGCGCACGGCGUCAUCAAACGCGAUCAAGAAAUCGUCUGCCCCGUCGAUCCAAGUGGCAAAUUCAGCGCCGAAGUACCCGAUUUCGCAGGACAAUAUGUAAAAGAUGCCGACAAAAACAUCAUUGCCAACUUGAAAAAACGCGAUCGUGUUUAUUCAGCAGCUCAAACGAAACAUAGUUAUCCCUUCUGUUGGCGCUCUGACACCCCAUUGAUCUACAAGGCAGUUCCAUCGUGGUUCGUUCGCGUCGAACACAUGAACAAACAACUGUUGAAUUGUAGCUCUCAAACGUACUGGGUGCCAGAAUAUGUAAAAGAAAAGCGUUUCGGUAAUUGGUUAAAGGAAGCUCGUGACUGGGCAAUCAGCAGAAAUCGUUAUUGGGGUACUCCGAUACCGCUUUGGAUCUCUCCAAAUGGCGAGGAAAUCGUUUGCAUCGGCAGUAUCGAAGAACUCGAGCAAUAUUCGGGUGUGCGGGUGACGGAUUUGCAUCGUGAGAACAUCGAUCAUAUCGAAAUUCCAUCAGCUGUGCCGGGAAAUCCUCCGUUGCGAAGAAUAACGGAAGUUUUUGAUUGUUGGUUCGAGUCUGGAAGCAUGCCAUAUGCCCAGCAACACUAUCCGUUUGAUAAUCCAAACGAAUUUUUGAAUAAUUUUCCGGCGGAUUUCAUUGCGGAAGGUAUUGAUCAAACGCGGGGAUGGUUUUAUACCCUUUUGGUCAUCUCAACAGCCCUUUUCAACAAGCCUUCGUUUAAAAAUUUGAUCGUAAAUGGUCUCGUACUUGCCAGCGAUGGUCAAAAAAUGUCAAAACGGAAGAAGAAUUACCCCGAUCCGAUGGAUGUCGUUCACAAAUACGGCGCCGAUGCCUUGAGAUUGUAUUUAAUCAACAGUCCAGUCGUGAGAGCCGAGAAUUUACGAUUUAAAGAAGAGGGCGUUCGUGAUAUCGUCAAAGAUAUCUUCCUCCCGUGGUACAAUGCAUACCGUUUCUUGUUCCAAAACAUCGAGCAACUCGAAACGACGCAAGGAAAGCCCUACAAAUACGACAGCAAACGUCACACUUCGUUAGAUGUCAUGGAUAUUUGGAUAACUUCCAUCAAAGAAUCCCUCUUGGACUUCAUCGCGAAGGAAAUGAAGGCAUAUCGCUUGUACACAGUCGUUCCGCGACUCACAAAAUUCAUUGAUCUCCUCACAAAUUGGUAUGUUCGCUUAAAUCGACGUCGCAUCAAGGGAGAACUUGGCGUACAACAAGCUUACAACUCCAUCGACACCCUUUUCGACAUUUUAUUGAGCACGGUGAAGAUGAUGGCACCAUUUACGCCUUUCCUAACUGAGUUAAUGUACCAACGCCUUCGACUUUUGGAUGAAAAUUCACCUGCCGGAAGUGUUCAUUACCAAAUGAUGCCAAAUCCGAACAAGCAACGCAUUAAUUUGGAUGUUGAACGUGCCGUAGGUCGCAUGCAAGCUGUCGUCGAGCUUGGUCGAGUGAUGCGGGAUCGUCGUACAGUCCCUAUUAAGUAUCCCCUACCCGAAUUGAUCGUCAUUCAACAAAACGAGGAAUACCACAAAGACAUAAAAUCAUUAGAAUCGUUCAUUUUGAGCGAAUUAAACGUGCGAAAACUCACCUUUUCCAGCGACAAAGAGAAAUUCGGCGUAAAAUUGAAGGCGGAUCUCGAUUAUCGUGCUCUGGGAUCCCGUUUGAAGAACGAUUUGAAGGCUGUGAAGACAUCCGUGCAAAAUAUGACCGAUGCGGACAUUCAAGCGAGUGUCAAAAAGGGCUUCUUUGAGCUUGCAGGUCAUAAAAUUGAACUUGAGCAUGUUAAAGUGAUCUAUCAGAUGGGCGACUCGCAACAACAACAGAAGGAUCAACGUUUCGAAGCGAACAGCGAUAGUGAAGUGCUUUGUUUGAUGGAUAUGCAGCCGUCCCAAGAGCUCGUAGAUGAAGGUUUAGCACGUGAACUCAUCAAUCGCGUACAAAAACUCAAGAAAAAAGGCGGUUUGUUCCCCACAGAUCCGGUUGUCGUAUUUUUCGAUGUCAAAGAAAAGACUUCCGACGUUGCCAAAGUCGGAAAAUCGUACAAGGAAUUCAUCGAAACAGCAAUUAAGAGUCAAUUCCUCCCCUAUUCUGACGAUGCGAAGACCAAACAAGUCCUUGUCGAAGGCACAGAGGACUUAAAAGGCGUUCAAGUUAAAAUUGUCGUCGCUUCUACGAAAGAACGCCUUCUCCCGUAUACGAAAUGGUUCAAUUUACUGCUUCAUAAAGACAUGUCGGGACGUUUUGGUGCCAAAACUAACAAAGCCUCGCUUUGUUUGUACGAUUUCAACGGUAAAAUUGCGACACUCGAAGAGGUUAAACUCGAAGUUGAGAAAUUGUUUGGGCUUCACAUGUGUGAGUUCGUUCUCACAGUCGACGGGAAGGAAGUUACAGCCGUUACGAAGGCUCUCGAAGAGAAAACUGUCUUUAUUUCGCGUAAUUUGGCAACAGCGAAAGACAAUACCGAAGGACAUUCAAGCACGCCGUACUGUAAAUUCGUGAAUGUAGAUGUGCAGGGGAAGAAAUUGACAGUUUUUACGGAAAAUCCUGUCGAUUCGAAUCAGUUGUCGAACGAUCACUUGAAUGCCUUGCUCAAAAAUCGCCUGAAGAAUGUCGAUGUCAGCAAAUGUGUCAUCAAUUUUGCUUAAGAAGCAGAGAAUUUUGGAUGGAAUUUAUUUAAGAAUUUCACUUUUUGUCUAAAUUUGUUGAAAAACGUAAAAAAUAUUCUUUUUUCAUUUUUUUGAAAUAGUAAAAAAAAUUAAAAGAAAAAAUAUUUAAAUAAAAAAUAAAUAUUGAAAAUUAUAUAAAAAAAAAUAGAAAAAGAGGAACAAAAAAUUAUUAAAAUUUUAAUUAUUUUUUUUUUCAAUUAAAAAAAAAUUAAAUUAAAAAUUAAUAAAAAAUUGUAAAUUUAAAAUUUUUUUUCAUAAAAAUAAAAAAAAGUAAAUAAAUUAAAUUAAAGUUUAAAAAUUCAUAAAUUAUUUUUUGGAAA